AUGGGAUCCAUGGGUAGAUUAAUCUCCUCGGUUUCGGGCCCGUUCCACCCGUUCGGCGGCGCCGUGGACAUAAUAGUGGUGCAGCAGCCGGACGGGUCGCUCAAGAGCUCGCCGUGGUACGUGCGGUUCGGCAACUUCCAGGGCGUGCUGAAGCGGCGCGAGCGCGUGGUGUCGAUAAUCGUGAACGAGGUGGAGGUGGAUCUGCACAUGUUCCUCGACAGCAACGGCGAGGCCUUCUUCCUCCGCCACACCGGCACCGGCGCUGGUAGUGGCGACGAGGAGGAGGAGGAGGGGGACGAGGAGGAAGAGGAAGAGGAGGAAGAGGAGGACGAGGAAGAAGAUGAGGGGGCGGAGGGGGGUGCGGGGUCAGAAAGCGGCGAGGAGGAGGAGGAGGAGGAGAUGGAGAUGGAAGGGCAAGGGCAGGGCGAGCAGCAGCAGCGCAAGGGAGCAGCCGCGGCGGACACAGCAGGGGUGGCAGGGAAGACAAAGGCGAAGGCGAGGGCGGGGCGGGGCGCGCGGAAGGGCAAGGGCGGGAGGCUGAAGGUGGACGUGCGGGAGAUCGAGCUGCUGGAGGAGGAGGAGCUGGCCAUGGCGCGCGCGGCGGGCGUGGAGCCGGAGCUGCUCAAGAUGAUGGCGGAGGCCAACCGCAAGAUCCUCACCGACGCCAAGUCGCCCUACCGCGUCGUGCGCUCCGGGAAAAAGCCGCCCGGGUUUAAAGCUGGUGCUGCUGGUGGUAACCGUGAUGAUAGCCCCGGCGGCAGUCGCGCGCUGUCGCACACGCUGUCGGUGCCCGAGCACCCGUCGUCCACGGGGUCGCUGCCGUCGCUGGGUCGCACGCGGGACGAUUCGUCGCUGUCGCGGCAGCUGUUUCGAAGCCACUCGCAGUCCGACUUGAUCGACGCAACGGAACCCGCUGCCUCUUCCGCAGUGCCACCCGGGGACGGCGAGGCGGCUGAAGUUACAGGGCCUGCAGAGAGCGAACGAGGGGGCGAUGGCGACGACGCGAGCGCGUCGCAGGUGUUAUCGCAGCUGGCGGCGUCGCAGGUAGACCCGUCGCUCAACGUGACCCCGCCUCGGCCCCGUGCGGGCGCGUUACCUGCCGGUGCCGCGACCGCGCUUGCGUCGGUGGGCGGCGGAGUGUCGCCCGUGCCGGGGUCGCUAAGCCGUUCGCGAUUGAAGCAGUCUCGUAGUGCGGGCAGCAGCAACGAGUUGGCUGAUCCCAUGCUGGAGGGAGGGAGAGCAGCGGCAGCGAGCAGCGCGUCGGACCUAGCGCUGGGAAUCAACGCCACUGCAGCGCAGCUCGCGUCUGCCACGCAAGCAGCCGUUUCCUCGGGCGCGGGCAAGAGCGUACGAAGCUUGGGCGCAAGCGCGAGCGCAAGCGGAAUGAGCGCGAGCGCGCCGUUCGUGGGCAUGGUGGCGAGCAGCAGCGCGGGGUCGCUCGCGGAUCACUCCGACCUCGACCUCCCGCUUCCCCCGCCUGCUCUCGCCCCCGCCUCCGCGCCCGCGUCCGUGUCCUCCUCCGUGCAAGACCUCGCACUGGUCGUUGCGCGCGCGGGGAGCGCGGGGAAUGCGGGCGCAGGCGCUGGGGCUGGUCCGGCGCGGAAGGGCGCGGGGGAGAAUGGUGGGGGCGCGGGAGAGGAGAAGGAGGGAGGGAGCGAGGGGAGCGAUGAAGCGGAUUUGGAUCCGGUGCUGAGGGAGGGGAGGGAGAGGGAGAAGCGGUGGCGGCAGGUGGUGGUGCAGGCAGCGGAGGUGAUUCAGGAUGCGCCGUGGGCGUGCGAGGGCGAGUACGCGGACAUGCAGAGGCGCAAGGACGAGAGCGCGCGGCAGCAGGGCGCAGCGCCAGCGGGCAGGCGCAGCUGGAGCUGGUUCAGCUGGCGGUCAAGACAGCAGAAGGCCGCCGCUGCUGCCGCCGCCGCCGCUGCUGCUGCUGCCGCUGCUGGUGAUGGUGGCUCGGGCGCAGGGAACGGCGGGGCAGGUGGGGGAAAGGGCGAGGGUGGGGCGAGUGGGGACGCAGGGAGAGGCGAGGGAGAAGUGGGUGUGCGGCAGAGAGGGGGGCGGACUCGCGUGGUGGAGUUCGAAAUAGGCGAUGGGGAGGGCACUUCGGCGGAGCUGAUAGAGGAGCUGUUCGACCGCAAGUGGGUGGAGGAGUCGCAGCUCAGGCGCCGCAAGAGCGCACAGGGGGGCGAUAGCAGAUCGUCAGGGGUGGGCGCCGGGGGGCAGGAGAGGGGGGCGAAGGGGGAGGAAGGAGGAGAGGAAGGGGAGGGGGAGGAGGGGGACGGGGAGGAAUGGGAAGGGGAGGAGGGGCGGAGGGUGUCGUUUGCGUCGGUGGAGCGGGGCGGCAGUGGGUCGUCGUCUUCGUCUUCCGCCAGCCUGCACAGCCUGUCGCCCGUGGAGCUGUCCCGCACCAGCAGCGCCGACGCUCAUGCACACACCGCCCUCGCCCAUGCCAUGCCUGCUCGUGGUUCUGCUGCUGCUGAUACUGCUGCGGGUGCAGGUGCAGCAGAGAGGGGUGUGGAUGAAAGGGGAGGGCAGGCAGAGACGGCAGAUGGAAAAGGGGGGGAGGUGGGCGGGGCCGGUAAGAGGGAUGUGUUCAGGCGAGCGCUGUCGGAGAAUCAGCGGUUCUACUCGUUCAAGAAGUCGCCCUCUGACUCGGGGGGCUCUGUGGAGGGAUCUGGCGAGACGGAGGUCGCACAGGAGGGUCGAGGUGAGGCAGACAGAGAGGAGGCAGAUCACACAAAGGAAGAGCAGGAGGCGGAGAAAGAGAGGGAAGAGAGGGAGAGCGGGGAUUCGGUGAGAGAUGUAGAGGAGCGUAGAGGAGGGGUCGAAGCAGAGCCGAUACCAGCAGUGGAGCUGGCCAAUGCCAUGGUGCCAGGUGUCUGUGUGGAACCUGAUGAAGUGGACGGCCGGGAUGAGAGCGAGGGUGAGGCGGCAGGUGUUGCAGGAAUGGUGGGUGAGGAGGGCAGAGGCGAGGAGGGGCGGAGAGGAGCAGGAGGGGUGGAUCUAGUAGCAGAGGACAGCAAGGUCGCUGCUGCUGUUGCUCAUGCCGCCGCUGCUCUCGUUGCUGCUGCUCGUGCUCGUGAUGCUACUGAUGCUGAUUCUGCCACUUUUUCUGUUCCUGCUGCUGCUGCUGCUGCUGCCACGGAUGCUGAUAUUCCCAUUGCUGCUAGUGCUGAUGAUGCUGAAACUGCUACUGCUGCUGCUGCUGCUACUGCUGCUGCUACUGCUGCUGCUGCUACUGCUGCUGCUGCUUCCGUUUCUGCUACUGCAACUGCUACUGGUGCCGCUGAUGCUACGGCUGCUGUAGCAGCAGGCGCGGCUCCUUGUGCAGCAGAUGGUGGACCAGAGGAGGCUGCACGGGCGGCUGAGAGUGCAGGAGCCGAGGGGGGCAGCGGUGAGGAGGGCACGGCAGCAGGCACGGCAGGGGGCGGUGAAGGAGUGACAGCUUUGGAAUCCGUGGGGGUUUUGCAAGAGACAGGUGGAGGCUCCUCACAGCCUCUGCCGGCCCCUGUCUCCCAUGGUGACGGUGACAGCAACGAGUGUGGCGGCCGUGCCAGUGAGUGUGACAGUAGUGGGCGUGAUGGAAAGGAGGGACACGAGGGGCAUGGCGAGGGCGAGGAGCGUGAAGGGAAGGGGCUGGUGCAAGGGGAGGGGAGGAAUGGGGAGUUGAAGGCAGGGGGUGAGGCUGAGGUGGAGGCGAGAGAGGAGGACGGUGAGGAGGAGGGCGCAGGGAGUGGAAAGGCAGGUGGGGGGGGCAAGAAGAAGAGGAGGAAAAGAAGAGGGAAGAAAGGAAAGGGGGAAAAGGAGGAGGAGAGCAUCGGGGAGAGAGGUAAGGAAGAGGAGUGUGGAAAGGUAGGAGAGGCAGGUGAAGUUAGUGGUGGUGGUGGUGGUGGUGGGGCAGAGAGCAGGGAGGUUGUGCACAGUGCAGAGGCGGGUGAGGCGCACGAGAGAGGCGAGCACGGUGAGAAGGAUGGCGGUAGCUCAAUGCGUGGUGUCAUGAUGGCAGGGAAGGAGAAUGAAGAGAAAGAGGGGGAAGAGGGAGGAGAUGGGGUAGAGAAGGGCGAGGGAGAAAGGGAGGGAGAGGUAAAAAGGGAGGAAGAGGGAGAAGGGCAGAGAGCAGAGGAAAGGGAGAAGCUGGUAGGGGAGGGGCUGCGGGGAGGGAGUGCAGUGGAGGGCGGUGAUACAGGGAGCGGUGAGGUUGCGAGUGAGGGAGGAAGGGGCGAGGAGGGAGUGGCAGGUGCGGCUGUGGAUGUUAGUGCGGCAGGUAGCAGUGGGAGCGAUGCCGUUGGUGAUGGUGAAGUGGCAGGGACUGGACGCGAGGAGCAGAAGAGAGCGAGGGAGGUGCAAGAGGAGGGGUUACAGGAGGGCUCUGGAGAGGGGGGCAGCGGAGGGAGAGAGGAGCGUGGCGGGGCUGUGGAGGCAAGCAGAGAAGAGGGCGAGAUGGGCAAGGAGGAGAAUGGUGAGGGCGUGGUGGUGGAAGGGGGGGGCGACAGUGCAGGUGCACGCGUCAGCAGUGGAGGGGCGGGCACUGCUGCACUGGUUGGUGUGCUGGUGAGCGCAGGGUGCGUGGAGGAGGGUGGGAAGGAGGGGGGAAAGGAGGAGAAUGCGAAGGAGGGUGGGGAGGAGGAGAGUGCGAAAGUGGGGGGUGGGGAGGAGAGUGCGAAGGAGGAGGGUGCGAAGGAAGAGGGUGCGAAGGAGGAGGGUGCGAAGGAGGAGGGUGCGAAGGAGGACACUUGUUUGACAGAGGGUGAGGAGUAUGGGGAGGGGCAUGUGAGUGAUUUGCAUGAGACGGCACGUGAGGAUGGAGUGGUGGUGGCAAAGAGAGAGAGGGCUGAGGGAGCAGCGGCGGGGAAUGAGGGGGAAACAGAAGCAUCAAGCAGUACAAUUGCACAAGUCGCACCAGAAGCUGCAGAAGCAGAAACAGACACAGAAGCAAGAGUGAGUGCAGGGGCAGCAAGUGGCAGGGAGAGUGGUGGCGGUGUGGCAGUGGCAGCAGCAGAGGGUGGGUGGACCGAAGAAGCCUUGAGAGAGGGGAAUUUGGAGCCAGCAGCUGUUCCUGAGAGUGAGCAAGUGCGUGGUGACGUGCCGAUAUCACAAGGCGAGUGGCAAGUGCCGCAGCAGCAGGAGCAGAAGGAAGGGAGGGGGGAGGGAGGCAUGGGGCAGGCAGGGGAGGGAGUGAGGGAGGAGGAGGUGGAAGCCAGCGAAGCAGAAGAACCAUCGCCGACGCCCCAUGCUCCUGCUGCCCACUCACCUUCCACUCCUCCUGCCGCUGCUGCUGCUGCCGCUUCUGCUCCUGCUUCGGAGUCGACCGCUCUUGCUCUUGUCCUUGCACCACCACAAUCAGCACCAGCAGCAGCAGCAGCAGCACCAUCCGACCCGCCAACAGCCCUGGUACCCAGCGGGCCGCUCUCCGACAACCUCCCAGUCGCCCCCCCCACCGCUCCUGCACGCUCCCAGGACCCGUGUCUGGAGCUGGCGGUGUGCCGGCACCUGCUGUUCGCCAAGAUGGGCAGCGACGCGGCGGCCACGGUGUUCAACGCCGCCAAGAUCACGUGGCACCAGUUCCGCUGCAACGCCGCCUCCAUCCUCUCCAACGACCGCCUCGUUGUCAGGGUGGGCCACAGGUACUACCCCUGGUCCGUCGCCGCGCCCAAGCUCGUCGGCAUGCUCGCGUUCGGCCAGAUGAUGCCUCCCCUGCUGGACGCCGAUGGCGCCAUUCCUGUGGAAAAACCGCCUCCACCUCCCCCGCCGGCGCCUAAGCCCGGGCAGGAGCAGAAGCAGCUGGUGGUGAGGGGCGCGGAGGGGGGAGGCUGGCGCCUCUGGCCGUUUGGGGGGAGGCGCGGAGGGGCAGGGGGGGCGGUGGGAGCAGCGGGGAUGGCAGCGAAGGUGAUGAGUGGAGGGGCUGUGCAUGCAGACGUGAUGCUGGCAGCGGCAGCAGCAGCCAACGUGGCCAUCCACAUGGAGAGGAGCAAGGCCGCAGGGGGCGGUGCCGCUGCUUCCGCCGCCGCUGCCGCCGCUGCCGUGCGGUUCGCGCAGCCGGGGUUGCUGCGGGGGGGGCAGCAGGCGCAGCUGAUGCUGCGGGAGCGCGAGAACGAGUUCUACGAGCGCGCCACGCACGUGCGGUCGCUGACACCGACGUCGGAGCAGCUGAAGGCGCUGGGGCUGCGCGAGGGCAAGAACCGCGUGCAGCUGACGUUCACCACUCGCAUGUGGGGGCGGCAGGAGGUGCAGUGCUCGCUGUUCGUGUGGCGCUGGAACACACGCAUCGUGAUCAGCGACGUGGACGGCACCAUCACCAAGUAUGCCCUCGCUCACUGGGGGGGGAGGGGGUGCGGGGGAAGGAUGUGGGGAUGGGGCAGGGACAGGGGGGUAGGUGUGAUGAUGACCCAAGAGCCACGUGCUUGGUGGAGCCCCAUGAGCCGCAUGCCUGCCCAUGGACUGUCGGACGUGUUGGGGCAGGUGAUGCCGCUGAUGGGAGCGGACUGGACGCAGAUCGGCGUGGCCAGGCUCUUCACCGCCAUCCGGGCCAAUGGCUACGAGCUGUUGUUUCUCAGCGCAAGGGCCAUCCAGCAGGCCGCGCUCACUCGCUCCUUCCUCUUCUCCCUGCGCCAGGACGGGGAGUUCUCGCUGCCGGAGGGCCCCGUGGUCAUCUCACCGGACGGGCUCUUCCCCUCGCUCUACCGUGAAGUCAUUCGCAGGGCCCCUCACGAGUUCAAAAUCGCAUGCCUCUCGGACAUCCGAGCACUGUUCCCGGUGGAGGGGAAUCCGUUCUACGCGGGGUUUGGCAACCGGGACACGGACGCGGUGUCGUACGAGGCCAUGGGCAUCGCACGCGGCAAGAUCUUCACAAUCAACCCCAAGGGCGAGGUGACGGUGAACAAGGUGCUGAGCGCCAAGUCGUACGUGUCGCUGCACGACCUCGUGCACGACAUCUUCCCCGCCUUCGCCCUCACCACGCCCCAAGGCCCCGAACCCGAGGACUACAACGAUUGGAACUAUUGGAAGACGCCCAUACCAGUCAUUGACGAGGACCUCCCAGAACUCCUCCCCAAGCGCGCCGCCUCUCGCCGCCGGUGA